ACAUUCCCCCCACUCGAAAGCAAUAUGGCCGACGUAUACAGUAACACAGGUGUAAAAGAAAGUGUUAUCGACAUCAAUUUAACAGACAUCACAACAAGCAGUGAUGUUUAACUAAUAAUGUCUCAAGUUAUUCCUGGUGGAAGACCAAGAGCUUCUUCUGAUGGCGAUAUAUUGGAUGAAGGUUUUUGUGGAGCCUUGUUUGUAAAUCUAAGCGAGCGCCACAGUGAAGAAACACGGAACAAUUCGGGAAAAACGUAUGUAAACAUCAACAAUAACAACGGCAGUCGUAGCUGUUUAGAUACUAGUAACGACACGUUUGACAGUGAUGGCGAGAUAAGCUCUCAAAGCCAAAGUAGUUCUGUGACAUCCAGACGUUUAAAUAUUUUCAAGUCUAUGAGAAAAGUUGUGUCCCGUGCUUUCGUAAAAGAAUCACCGAGUAAACUGAGUCAAGUUGGAGACUUGAAAAGAGUAGACAAAUUGCGUGCCAGUGAAAUAUCCAAAAUCUGGACACCAGAUCUUAGACAUUUAACUGAAGAUAUUAAUGGAAAAUCUCAAGAAGCUGAAGACCAACAAGAUUUAGGAACAAUGUCUUCUGCUCGUCCAUUGAUCACAGAUCCAAGUUUAGCAAUGCUAGCGCCACAAUGGAAAAAGACACCAGGUACCAUUGGAAUAUUAAAUCAUGGCAAUAGUUGUUUCAUGAAUGCUGUUCUACAGUGCUUAAGCAAUACAGAUUCAUUUACUGAAUAUUUUAUUAAAGAUCUUUACAAACAUGAAAUAAAAACAAAAUUCAGCAAAAAUGGGAAAAAAGGAGUUUUUCGCACAAACCAUGGAGAAGUAACAGAACAAUUGGGACAUUUAUUAAAAUGUUUGUGGUCUGGAAAAUACAAUAGUGAUAUAUCAAAAGAAUUCAAAACUGUUGUUGGUAAAUUAAAUCAGCAGUAUAAAGGUGAACACCAGCAUGAUGCUCAAGAGUUUCUUCUGUGGCUGCUUGAUCGUAUUCAUGAAGAUGUAAGCGUAUAUCAAAAGAAAAAGUUUAAAUCUCAAAAAACAGUUCUGACAAAGACAGAGGAUGAGUUAGCCCACGAGGCAGCCUCCGUGAAUGGAGACAGCUUUAUCCUCAAGCUGUUCCAGGCUGUCCACAGCUCUACCCUCAUCUGUACCACCUGCGGGGAGAAGAGCAGCACGUUUGACCCCUACCUGUGUGUGUCCCUACCUCUGCCGCAGAAGUGUCCGCGGUGCAUGUACGUCAAAGUAGUGCCUCUAGAGCCUCACCACAGCCAAGUCAUUAAAUACGCUGUGGUUCUAAAUCAAUCAGACAGCGUACGUGAUCUGAGGGAACGUAUAUCUCGAGAAGUCAAAAUCUCCACUUCACAGAUAAUUUUGGUUCAGAUGAAAGAGGAUGGUUUUGGGGCCACAUACAGCGACGAACAACUGUUGUCUGAUAUUUUUGAGAAUGAGAUUAUUUAUGCCGUCGAAACACAUUCUAAUGAUAGCAGUAUGAAUAGUUCUUUACUGGAAUAUGAGACUCAAAUGGCAGAAAUCCUGGUGACUCAUGUUGAGGUACAGACUGGAUCCCUGAACAGUUAUGGAUUUGGUGCCCCUGCUUUGUUGAGAGUGAGAAGAGAUAUAACAUGGAAGGAACUACAGAAUGAGAUUUUAACCUCAAUGGGAGAUGCUGUCUAUAAAGAAAUAUUUACUCAGAAGCUGCAUCCCCUGUUCUCACUGCGGAUCUAUGACGGAAGCUCUGAGAGGCUCUACCUACAGAGGGAUGUAGAAAUGCCACUGUACACUCAGUCUUUUGAGAGAGCAUACAGCACAUUAGAUGAAGACUUUGGACCAGCCCAUGUCAAGAUUAUAGUAGAGUGGGAUUCAGCAACUAAAAAAACUAUAAUAAAAGAUGACAAGGAGCAUACUGAGAUUCACCAGUCUGUUAAAGAUGUUCAAAACAGCUCACAGGGACAGGGCAAAGUUUCACUUGAGGAAUGUUUCAAGCUGUAUACUCAGGAGGAAAAGCUCACUGGUGAAGACGCCUGGUUUUGUCCUCACUGCAAGCAGCAACAACAAGGUACAAUCAAAACAUUGAGGCUGUGGUCACUACCUGACAUUCUUGUCUUACACCUCAAAAGGUUUAAACAGACUGGCCUGCGGCGCAGCAAGUUAAACACACUGGUAGAGUUUCCUAUAGACAACUUGGACAUGUCUCCACAUUUAUCUCAUCGCAUGAUUCAGACUAGUCCCCUCAAACAGGACGACUACACCUACGAUCUCCUGGGUGUCAGUAACCACUACGGCAACAUGAUGGGUGGUCACUACACCGCAUUCUGCAGGAGUCCUGUGGACGGACAGUGGCGGGAGUUUAAUGAUGCCAAAGUGACAGUGCUGGACGGUCCUAUAGCCACCAGGGAAGCUUACCUCUUGUUCUACCAAAGGCGAAGUCUGACCAAGGACAUUAACAAACGACUUCACACGCGAGACCACUGGGUCUUUUCUCUUGAUCUCUCACCCAUUGAGCCACCUGCAGAGACUGAUGUUGGGUAUAAAGUGGAUGUGGCACAACCACCCAAGCGAUCUCGUUCUAGAUCCGCCUCCCCAUCCUCUCAUAAACAAAACAACAAAGACAGCAGUGUAACCACACGUCGAAUCCCAUCUCGACCUCUGACCCCUCAACUUCCCCGUCGCUCCACAGAGGGGUAUGCGUUGCUGGAUGAUUCCAGACCGACCAGCCCUGAUUCGCCAAAAAGAACAAGCCAGGGUAGGCAGUCUCGUCAAGUCCAACGCCAGGUAUCUGAGCCCCACAUCAGGAGGGAUUUGUCUGCAGGGGCCAGCCUAUCCAGACAAGACGUGGACAGGAGCUUGUAUGGCAGGCGCAGCAAUGACUACCAACCUAAACAAACCCCCCUGAUAGACCGGGCAGAGAGGAGUCUGGCACUGUUUGGUAAGUCCAAGCCUCUUGCUGUCAACAAUUCCAGAGUCGAAGCCUCACAGAUAGACGACUGGGUUCUGGACCCUGAUAGGUCAAGCUACCCCGAGACCCGCCCCAGCAAGGUCAAGUUUGAGGACAAAGAGAACUACAACACUCUUCCUAAUUAUAAGUCGCAGUUUUACCCCACCAGUGAAGACGCCAGAAAAAGACUUGCGCAGUUGAAGAAACCUACCAACACACUGGAACGACAAAUCCCUUCUUCAAUAGACACCAUUGAAGAAGAGUCUGUAUUAGUCAGGCAUGGCUCCAGGAAAUUUGAAAGCUCCAAACAUAGCAUUCCAGAUUACGGCUACUCUUCUGACUCAUUUUUACCAAGCAAUGGCCAUUCCUUAUCUUCAGAUUUCAAUGAUUACUCGGACAUAAACAACUCAUAUCGGGAAUAUUCCCCCAAGAAUUAUAUAUCCAACCACGUUGUAGCGCCCAGCAGCUACACAAGACCAGAACUCAGUAGCAACCCUUUUUUCCGUGAAUUGGCUCGUGUCCAUUUUGAUGACCUGGACCCAGAUGAUAGGUACACUACAAGACGUCCCAUUGACAGAGACAAGCCAUUUUCUUACACCAAUGGCUUGCUGAAUGACUACAACAAAGCUGCCACGCUGAGCCGGGUGCCCUACAGGUCACAUGACAGCAUGCCACGCUCCAACACAGAUCACAGCAUUCAGUAUCUGCAGUUCACCCAGCCACCUUCACCCACCCCUCCACAGAACCCGCAUGAGGAAAAGUCCUAUGGCUCAUCAGCUUUCUCUCCGCCAGCCCCCUCCUUUGGCAACUAUCCAUCCAACGGUUUAAGGGCCAGCAGAUCUUCACGCACCCUCCCAAGUCAGUCUGACAGCUACAACUUUCAUCCACCCAGGAGAAGUCUGAGCACACUCAAGCCCCUGAAACCCAAGGAAAGUUCAAAGCCCAACAGCUUUGGUAACAUUCCAACACCUUGUUUGAGAGAAUCCUCAGUCUGAGCUGAUUUAACACAACCGCAGGACCCACUGGGUCCCCACAAUCAUACAAACUUGGUCCCCACAAUCAUACAAAUAUCAGAUCCACUGGGUCCCCACAAUCAUACAAACAUCAGAUCCACUUGGUCUCAUACAAACAUCAACUUACUUAGUCAACUCAGUCAUACAAACAUCAACUCACUUAGUCAUACAAACAUCCAAUCCACUAUAUGAACUGUAUUACAAAAAGAAGAGAUUUCCCACACACAAAAUAUUACCUCUAUUGUCACCACAAGUGGUUGUCUGAUAUACUUGGCCAGCCAACCAGUGGGACAACAACAAAACAUCUUCAAAUAUCAGACUACUGAUGACUUUUAAACAAUAAUAAAGCAUUUAUGUGAUAUAGAGAGACACAUGCUAACAAAAAUUAUAAGACAAAUUCAGGUUGUUGCUUUUCUUUGUAUUGUUUUUUAAAUUUCCUUGUUAUACAUUUUUUUUUAAAAAUGGUGUUAAAAUUGUAAAAAUCAAUUUCAGUCAUUGUGUUAUUAGUAGUUUUAUGCCAAGGUACCUAAUUUUAUUGUAAAUAUUGUAAUAUUUAUUUUCCAGCAACUUUUUGGGAAAUGUGUGUCUCUCUGACCCUGCUGAGAUUAUGUUUGCAUUUCUGUAUAGUAGGGCACGGCGGUGUGGUUUUGGGGUACCCGCUCAUGAAUUGAUUAGCUGUGUGUGUUCAUUCAUCUGUCUAGGUGUGUUUGUUAUAUCCAUCUGUACAUAGGAUUGUAUUCAUCAUUGUAAAUAAGAGCUGAGUCCUUGUAGCCCUCAUUUGGUGUCAGUGUAUAAUUAUAUCAUAAUAACUGGUAUGUGUGUAUCAUUUGUGGUUUUAUAUAUAUAUAAACAUAUAUAUAUAUAUAUAUAUAUAUAUAUAUAUACAUGUAUUUAUAUAUGUGUAUAUAUUUAUGUGUAUGUAUGUGUGCUAGUUUAUAUUUCGUGCACCUACAUAAUAGAUAUACAAACAUACAGGUGUACAAAGAAAGGUAAAUGUAGAUCUCUCUAUGUUGUUGUAUGGGCUUCCAAUAGUUACUUCUGACAGUAAAAAACAAUGAACUGCAGGUUAAAGUGAUCCAAUUUUUUUUCACUCUCCAGUAUUGGCUAGUUUUUUUUUUAAAUUGUUGAGCCAUUGACGCCAGUAAAAAAAUAAAGGGCAGUUUGUAUUAUCCCAAAGACAGAAAGAUAUUCAUUAAACUAAGAUAUUUUUUUUUUGUAUUUGCUAAACCCCUUGCUCAUCUUGCCUGUGCUGAAUUUUUUCUUUUCAUAUUGUACAGUUUUAGGGUGUUGCUCGUGUGUUGUUCCCUUAUGAAUAUAAUAAUUUCACAAUUGUUAUACAUGUUUGAUUCAAACUAUUAUUUUUCACUGACUACUCAUUUAAAAAUUGUGUUACGAUCUAAAGCACUUCAGUGACGUCCCAAUGUGUGAGCCGGUCACAGGUACUGGUUGUAAAUCCAUGUUCCCACCCCCUCAACCAGGCCAGGCAAACCCAUAUAUUCUAUCUAUAGAACCGUCCGUGAAAGAUAACUGGGGUAAGGGUGACUUCAACUGACUGGUCAGGUAAUGGAUGAAAGCAAGGGCUAACUUGAAAGAGGCAGCAGUGCGCUAUGUUUGUUUUAUUUACGUGUGCGAGGUCAUUUCAUGCUGGAUUAUUUUUUUUUUUUACGUAUUUUUAUAUAACAAUUUAUUCUAUUAGCUUGCUAAACAGAGGACAAAAAUUUUAAUGUCCAGAUGACAUGGUUAAAAUGUCUGGUUUUUUUUUUUUUUUGUAUAGCUGAGCUUAUUAAAGAAAAUUUCGUCUUGUUCAAGUACCAUUUGUGUAGGCAUUUGUUUUAUAAAUGUCUAGAGUAAGCUUAAACAUUCCAUGUGCACAAUAUUUAUUUCAAACACAUCGCUAGGUGGGAUCAUGAUCAUUGGCUGUGUAGUUUGGUGGAUCAUAUCAGGUCAUGGGUAGCAUAUGCCUAGCCGAAGGGGUCAUCAGGUUAUUGGUGGCUUAUGCCUAGCUGAAGGGGUCAUCAGGUCAUUGGUGGCAUAUAGUGUAAUUGAUCAUAUUAGGUCAUUGAUGGAUCAUAUUUUCAGGUCAUUAGUUGUAUCUGCCUAGCUUAAUGGAUCAUAUUAGGUCCUGAUGUCAUAUAUGGCAUAUGCCGAGCUUAAUAAUGUAUGAUAUUAGGUCAUUAUUGAUAUUAGGUCCCUAGCUUGAUAAAUGUCAUAUCCCUGGUUUUGUUGGCUGUAUCAAGUCAUUGUCAUAUCCUAUGGCUGUUGGAUCAUAUCAGGUAUUUAAUGUCCAUAUCCUUAGGAAAGCAGAUAAUUUCAGGUCUAAUGCCGUAUCCUUAGGAUAGCAGAUAAUUUCAGGUCUUAAAUGCUAUCCUAAGACUGUUGGAUCAUGUCAGGGUUAGGUCAUAUCCUUAGGGUGGAUGAUAUUAGGUCUUUAAUGUCAUAUCCUUAGAACAGUGAAUAAUAUCAGUUCUUUGAUGUCAUAUCCUUUAAUGGUGGAUCCUUAUAUCCAGUCCAUGACAUAUCCCAUGCGUGGUGGAUCAUCUACAAUCUUUAAUUUUAUAUCCCUUGCACGAUGGAUAUGUCAUAUCCACAGUUUGGUACCAAUGUCAUAUCCACAGUUUGGUGGGGCCAAUAGUUAAUUCUUUCUUCAUUUCACCUAUUUACUACAUUUACUGUGUAUGUGUAUUUAUAUAUAAAUAUAUACAUAUAACCUUUGACACUUGAUUUUUUUUACAAUUUAAUUGAAGAUAUUGGAACAAAUUAUGCUUUUAGAAUUGUUACUUAUUUUUGUGUAAAUUUUUGCAUAAUUAAUCACUAUACUUAAUUUUUGUCUUUCUUUUCUUUUUUGGUCUGAUUUUUACUUUUAUGUUCAACACUAUCUCAUUUACAUUGACAGUGUUUUUUUAUAAGCCAUUCUAAGUGUUCUAUACCAAUUGUUCUAUGCCAUUUGUUCUAGAUUCAAUGUGUAAAACAUGACAGGGGCCACUAACACUUGAGAACAUUGUUUACCUACAAGUUCAAACAUUGUUUAACUAGAACUAGUAGAAGUUCAAACAUUGUUUAACUACAAGUUCAAACAUUGUUUAACUACAAGUUCAAACAUUGUUUAACUACAAGUUCAAACAUUGUUUAACUACAAGUUCAAACAUUGUUUAACUACAAGUUCAAACAUUGUUUAACUACAAGUUCAUAUUUUCAUGUUCAUGGUAGGGGAAGAAUUGUUUUAGUUAUCCAGUGAUAGGAUGCUAUGUCACAAUGCUCAGGUAGACAGAAUCAAGUGGUAUUUUAUAGAAGUGUAAGGGACUUGGGUGGUAUUUGAUAGAAGUGUAAGGGACUUGGGUGGUAUUUGAUAGAAGCAUAAGGGACAUGGGUGGUAUUUGAUAGCUAUAUUGACAGUCACUGUAGUGACAUGGUAUUUGUCAGUUCAGUAAUAGGUAGUAUUUGACAGCAAUAUUAUCAUUUUCUGUAGUGACAUGUAGUAUUUGACAGCAAUAUUGUCAAGUUCUGUAAUGACAUAUAUUAUUUUUGACAGCAAUAGUGACAAGUUCCAUAACUGCAUAAAAAAAAAAAAUUGUCCACCCUUGAUGUGUACAAGCACCAAGUGACCUAAUUCUCCAUGAGCAAAUCUUAUCAGGUGUGCUUUGAAAAGUGGACUGCCUGGCAAGAUGUCAUUUUUAUAUGUGCUGGUUGUGUUACUGAGUUGUGGUGUUACUUUUUAAAAAUUGUGGUUGUGUUUUAGAGUUGUAUUACUUUUUAAUAUCUGCCAAAUGUAAUAGCUUCUUUGUGAACUGAGUAUGCAGCAUGUGUAAUUGAAUGAAUGUGUAAUGCGUGUAAUGGAGUGAACCUCUGUACUCAGCUUGAAUGUGCUCUUGAGUUAGUGGCAGUACUUCAAUCCAUUCCUCAUUUGCCCGGUUAUUUAUUGUGCUAUUCAUGUGAGUCUAUAUCAGGGUAAACUAGAGAACAAAAUUUUAUCCUAGCUAUACCAUUACUGCAUGUGGAGAAAUGAACUAUUUGAUUGGACAUAUUUUUUUUUAAUUGUUACUCAUCCCAUUAUUCUAAUUAUCUUAUUCCAAGAAUAAACAUUUGAAUAGCUGAG